AUGUGGAUCAGUAGACUAUCGCUAUACGACGACGUCGUCGGCGGUGGCGAUUUCACUGUUAUUGUCACUUCGAAACGACGUGAAGCUCGGUGCAGUUGCGUGGGCGGCUGCACUCGAAGCGGUGCGGUGGAGCGUAUCGAGGGAGGAACUUUGCUAGCACCAUUCCUCACUGCAGUUCGCGACGGUCUCCUUCGUCUCGAGCGCAGCCGCCUACGCAACUGCACUGAGCUUCGUGCCGUUUUAAUCCGAGUAAAAUAA